UUCCUCGGAGGUUUCCCCUCCGGCUGCAUCUCAUCUGGGCGCUCCGUGUCCCCGUGUCCCGACUCUGCCCUGCCCCGCGGCUGGCGACAUGGGCGUCUCCCUGGCCCCUGAAGUUGGUGGCCGGAGUUGGGGACCCGUGCUCCUGGCGCUCUUCCUGGCUGCCUCCCGAGAUCUGGUGACCGCCUUCAAGGUCGCCACGCCGUAUUCCUUGUACGUGUGUCCCGAGGGGCAGAACGUGACGCUCACGUGCAGAGUGCUGGGCCCCUCGGCCAAAGGCCACAACGCGAGCUUCUACAAGACGUGGUACCGCAGCUCGCGCGGCGAGGUCCAGGCCUGCUCGGAGCGCCGGCCCAUCCGCAACCUCACGUUCCAGGACCUGCACCUGUACCACCGCAGCCACCAGUCCGCCAGCAGCAACCAGAGCCUGGCCCUGCGCCACGGGCUGCAGGCGGCCUCGGACCAUCACGGCAACUUCUCCAUCACCAUGCACGGCCUCACCGUGCGGGACAGCGGCCUCUACUGCUGCCUGGUGGUGGAGAUAUGGCACCACCACUCCGAGCAGCGGGUGCAUGGGGCCAUGGAGCUGCAGGUGCAGAGAGGUCAAGAAGCCCCUUCCAAGUGCAUCGCAUACCCGCCCUCCCCCAAGGAGACUGAAAACAUCACAGCUGCGGCGCUGGCGACGGGAGCCUGCAUCGUGGGCAUCCUCUGCCUGCCCCUCAUCCUGCUCCUGGUCUACAAGCAGAGGCAGGCGGCCUCCAACCGCCGUGCCCAGGAGCUGGUGCGGAUGGACAGCAGUGCUCAAGGACUCGACAAUCCGGGCUUUGAGACCUCUCCGCCCUCCCAAGGACCAGCCGAGGCCAAGCCCAGGCCUCCUCUGACCUACGUGGCCCAGCGGCAGCUUUCUGAGUCGGGGAGACACCUGCUCUCGGAGCCCAAUACCCCCCUGUCUCCCCUGGGCCCCGGGGACGUCUUCUUUCCAUCCCUAGACCCUGUGCCUGACUCCCCUAACUCUGAAGCCAUCUAGGGCCAGUGACAGACAGUGGUCAGGGCGGAGACAGGCGCCUCUGAGCCAAGGCUGGCCCUGUGCGGUCCUCUGGCCUUGAUCUUGCUUCCUUCCGGCCUGCUCUGACCGUGACGCUCCUGCCAGCCCUUCGGCCCAUCUGGACGCUCCGUGGCAGGAGGGAGAAGACGCUGGACCCUGUUUGCUGUGCUAAGGAGGGCGGAGGCUGGGACCCACCCCAGAGACCUGACAUGCACCAGCUACAGAUGCCAAGCCAGCGCCACCCUAAAGACCCAGCAUUCCCAGCUCCGUGCAGCCUCUCCCCUGGACCUGAGACGGGCACGUAGGGCCUGAGUGGACCCCGUGUCCAGGCAGGAGAUGGGGCAGGGGCCAGGAUGGGAGCAGCCUCUGUAAGACUCACUCUUUGUAAAGAUACAGGAGCAGUGUGGGCCUGCCCCAGGCCACCGUGGCCUCCUCCCAGCCACCCCACACUGGGCGGCCAACAGGCUAAGCAAUGCUGGGGUUACUGCCCCGAGUCCCUAACGGAGUAUGAUUAGGCCUGGUGGCACCGUGAGUGACCGGCAUCUUGGGCAACGGAGGUCAGGCCCAAGUUUGUAUUUCCCUCUGCAUAUGUGUGGGGGUCGUGGGGAGCUGCUGGGAAGGUCGUACCGAAGUGUCCACCUUGGUUUGCCACGCCCCAGCCCUCUGCUGGUGACAGCCUCACCUGGGGCCCAGACUGUGACACUUGGGAAUGAGAAGGGGGGGGGGGGGGCGUUGGGCAGCAGAUGAGACCCUUGGAGGGAUCGGAGAGCUGGAUCCCAACCCACACUCUGCUUGGAGGCUUGAGGCCUGGGGACCCUCCUGCCCCCACCCCAGGCCUCGGUGCUCUGCUCUGACUGUGCCGGGGGGGAAGAUGGGGACCCCCAUGUACAUAGAAGGGCUCGGGCUUGCUCUGCUCUGGACUCUUGACUCUUGACUCUCCUCCUGCUUCAGGCUGGCCUGGGUUUGUUUUUCAUAAACGUGUGUA